AGACUGUCAGUUAGAGGACCUGUUGGCAUGCGUCCACUCUGCCGAAAAGUCCUUGGGCAAAACAGAUUUUCCAGUCUUAAAAUUGUUAGCCUACUAUUAUAGCAGUAGUAUGGUUUAGAAAUGUUUGUAGUGGAUAGACUCUUGUUGUUUACAUGCGUUUGCGGGGAUGAGACAUGUAAAGUGACCUCUGCUGGGAAAAACAUCACAAGUGACGAGCGCAUGGUGCUCAUGGAAAUUUGGCUGUGUGGUUUUAGUUCAUUUAUGGAUUGUUCCGAUGGCUCCAAAGACAAGAAGCUGAAAAUAAAAGUUGAGAAACAGAAAAGCACGUUAGUAAAAGGCCAUUUCAGUUUGUGGCUAUGACACAUUAACUUCCUUCUUUGAGUUUUAUGUGCGGAUCCAGGCACAGCUGUCCUCAAACCUGCGUAAAGCGCAUGUAUAAUCUGUACUUCAGUGUUGGAUUCUUGCUUUGUCAUCCAUUGCCCACCCCACCCCAUUAACUCUGUGAAAGUAGUCACAGUGGAGUGCUUUACACAUUGUUGUAGUAAUUCAUUGGGGCUAUUUGCAAGUCCCUUCAUGUGCCUUUGCUGCUGCUGCUGCUGCUGCUGCUGAUCACUCAAACCCCUCAACAAUUAGGGUGGGCCUGAGUUUAUUGUUUGAGUUCAAAGGUGUCUGCGUUGAAGAAGGGAUUAGGGGAUUUUCCCUCUUUACCUUUAGACUGAUCGUUUAACAGUGUUGGAGUAUCUUUAUGUGCGCAGGGUUGAAGCACAGUGACGAUACCUUAAAAAACUGUCCAGAUCUGUUCUAAGCAAGAUCUAAAAAUAAGCUACACGUGACCUUUGAUGUAGGAAGGCUGGAAGCAGAGGACUGAUGAACCAUGGGAUGGUCACAACAGAUAAAGGCUGGCUGCCAGGCUACUGCUUGCAAAAACACACACACACAAAAAAUAAAAAAAAUAAAGAGACCAACAAGGAAAAGAUGUGCUAAUCAGAUAUUAACAAUUAGAGUCCACUUUCAUUAGUGGCCAAACAGUCAUGUUCAAACAAAGGACGCAGUGAUGGGACACUUUGGUUUGAAAGGUCCACACCCCUAUCUUAUUACCAAGACAGAGAAGUGCACUUUAUGAUAGCACACUGGUCUAUUCUCGCCCUACUUUUCAUUGACUCACCCCUUAACGCUCUCCCAAUCUUUCCAGUCUUGGUUUAUCCCAUUCUGAACCCCUCCUGCCCCUCCCCUGACACAAUGCCUCAAUAAAAUCCAUUCCCAAGUUGCCAUCAAGAGGAGCGCGCGGCCGUAUCACACCAAGACAGUGUGCAACUACAGAUGAUAAGGGAAUGAUAUUCUGAGUUGACAGAGGAUAGUGUGUUUUAGUCCGACCACGAGCAGGAGAUCUCUUUAUGUUGGACUCCCCAACAGUCUUAUCUUUCGACUAGUUAGAGCCGCACGUAAAAUUAGGGUAAAAUGGUGACAAGCGCCUUGGCGACGACAGUGAUCCUCCUGUCGUGGGGUUACUGCGUGUUGGCCACGCGGGUCGCCUUCUCCAACUUCUCCGUGGGCAACGAGGUGCGCUCCAGCUUCAUCCAGCGGCGGCUGCGGAGCCAGGAGCGCAGGGAGAUGCAGCGAGAGAUCCUCUCCAUCCUGGGGCUGCCGCAUCGUCCGCGGCCGCACGUCCACACCAAACACAACGCAGCCCCGAUGUUCAUGCUGGACCUGUAUAAUACCAUCUCUACAGACGCAGCGCCGCACAGAUAUUCUUACUACAAGCCCGUUUUCCCGACCCAGGUUUCCCCCCUGGUGACCCCACAGGACAGCCGCUUCCUUGAUGACGCAGACAUGGUGAUGAGCUUUGUCAAUCUCGUUGAUCAAAAUCAGGAUCUCCUGUACCAGCAGCACAGAAGAGAAUUUCGAUUUGACCUUUCCCGUAUUCCAGAGGGAGAAGCAGUCACAGCAGCAGAGUUUAGGAUUUAUAAAGAUUUCAUCCAGGAACGCUACGAGAACGAGACGUUCAGAGUCAGUGUCUACCAGGUCCUGCAGGAGCCUGCAGACAGUGAAGUGGAGCUCUUGCUGCUGGAUCAGCGAGAAGUGUGGGCUGCAGAGGAGGGCUGGCUGGUCUUCGACCUGACAGACACCAGUAACCUCUGGCUGGUCAACCCUGAGCAGAACCUCGGCCUGCACCUGGUCCUGGAGGACAUCCACGGCCAGAGGAGGAACCCCCAACUGGCAGGUCUGGUGACGGGCAGUGGACCUCAGGACAAACAGCCCUUCAUGGUUGCCUUCUUCAAAGCAAAUGAGGUGCGCUUCCGCAGCAUCCGCUCUGCCCACGGCCACAAGGGGCGCCAGUCUAACCGCUCCAAACCUCAGAGGACUGUCCAAGAUGCACUAAAGGCAGUGGAGGCUGCAACAGAUAACCUUGGCAUCUCUCAAGAGGGAUGUAAAAAGCAUGAGCUGUAUGUCAGUUUCAGAGAUUUGGGAUGGCAGGACUGGAUCAUAGCACCAGAGGGCUACGCAGCGUACUACUGCGAGGGAGAAUGCGCCUUCCCUCUCAACUCCUACAUGAAUGCCACCAAUCACGCUAUUGUGCAAACUCUGGUACACUUUAUCAACCCGGAUACGGUGCCCAAGCCCUGCUGUGCCCCAACCCAGCUCCAUGGCAUCUCAGUGCUCUACUUUGACGACAGCUCCAACGUCAUCCUCAAGAAGUACCGCAACAUGGUGGUCAGAGCCUGUGGCUGUCACUGAUUGCUCGUGCCCCCUCCUGUGAGCUCUGCAUAUCCAGAGGGACGCUUAAGAAAGGCAGAAGUGAAGGAACCAGGGACAAGAGAUGAUUGACUGGCUGAUCACCAGGGAGCUCCUGCCACAGAACGAGCUUUAAUCUGGUGUACUGUUUUUAUGACCAGCAGCUCAGCCUCCCAUGCAGUAUUAACCACCACCACAAACCAAUUAGAACUAUUGGUCACAGAGAAAGGUUGAACAAAGGCAUUUCUUUUGUUUUCCUUUGAGUGUGACCAGAAGAAAUGCACUAAAAGGACUCCGAGCAGUGCGGAGUUACUUCAGAGACUCAAACAAAACAUUCAGUGCUAGAAACAGAAAGUAAAACGUGCAACACAUAUCGAUCUGCAUUUGAAUUCUCUUGUGAGGCAUCAGAAUAUAAAAUAUUGCCUGGAUGGAAAUGUGCAUUUGGUAACUGAUUUCACUGCUCAUAUAACUUUAAAUCUCCAUCUUAGUGUUGAACUACUGCACCUUUUCUUUUGGAACAGCUGGAUGAACUCGAUGAGAAAAAAAAAACCCUGUGUUCUACCGAUUUCACUGGUGUUGUUCAGGAGGCUAUUUGAACCGGGUCAGGUGUAAGACAUCUGGCAGCAGCUCGCGUGUGCUGCUGAUGUAGAGGAGCUCAGUGAGGAAUGACAGCCCAGACUGUUAAUAACAGUGUGUGGGACUGAAAGGCCUGCCUGUUGGGCCUAGUUUCCUGGUGUAGACAUAUAUCACCAGGCCUAUGAAAGGCAUACAGUCAGCAAGAUGUCAGUGAUUCAUCUUCAUGAGACGGACAUCAGGGUUUGCACCAUCGCCUCAACUGCAGCUGCCUUCUGGCGUCAGACCAGAGCUGCAGGUGGUCAAGGGGAAGCUGUAAUUUUAUUUUGUCAAAUGAAAGUAGUUUAAUAAAUGGAAACUAUCAAACAAGAA